AUGGAAACUUAUUUGCUUGAAUUUAUUGAAGCUUUUACACAUUUAAUACUUUAUAUAACAAAUGUUUAUUCUUAUGAAUAUUUUGAAAAAAGAAGAAAGCUUAAUACUUUAAUAUGGCAUUGUACAAAUAUACAAGUAGAAAAAUAUAUACAACAGGCAUUAUAUCCAAUAAAAAGAAUUUUGUUAAAUAAAAGUUUAUAUAAAUAUAGAAUCACUUUAAAAGAUUUGAAAAAUGAGGUAUUGAAUAUAUUUACCAUUGAGUUUGAACAAUUUUACAAAACUUAUGCACAAUUUAGUUAUUCUUCUUUUGAACAGUUUGUUUGGGAUUUUUUUACUUACAUUGAAAUGCAAAUAUACGAAUAUUAUGAUACAGAAAAAACAUUUGAAAUAUCUUUUGAUGUCUUGAAAGAUGAAAACGAUUUCUCAUUAAAUGAGAGUUUAAGAGAUGAUUGGGAAUUAAUAUCAUAUGAUAAUCUAGAGGUGUUUGAUAAAAAAAUUUUAAAGAGUAUGAACAUUUCUGAUGGAAAUGUAUCCAAUCCUAUAUGUCAAAUAUAUGUAGAAAGUAGGAAGAGUGUAAAUUAG